AUGCAGGACCUCUACCAGGCUGCUGGCUGGAUUCUUUUUACUCUGGGGUCUCUCAGUGUUUUUUCUGGAGUUAUUGCUUUCUUCCCAGUCUUUUCUUACAAGCUUUGGUUCACGGGAUGGAGUGUCUGGAUUGCUUGUCCCAUCUGGAAUGGAGCUUUGGCCAUCACAGCUGGUGUACUCCUACUGUUGGCUCACAAAGACUGGGCCCAGAGACACUUGUGGGAAGCUAGUUUCACCUUUGUGAUUCUGAGUCUUAUGGGAUGUCCACUUCAUUUUACAAUAGCCUUGGAAUCAGCUCUUCUCGGCCCAUAUUGCUUCUACUCAUUUUCAGGGAUUGCAGGGACUGGUUACCUUGGUUAUGCAGUUGCUUUUCCUUUUCCAUAUGCAAAAUUCCCAUCAGUUUGCGUGGACCCACCACACUAUGAAGAGUACCACCUGACGCUUCAAGCUUUUGACCUGUGCCUGAGCUUUGCCAUGCUCUGUGCAUCCCUAACAGUGUUCCUCAAAUUCUGUGCAAGACUUUUCUGGAAUGGACAUAUAAAUGUAAGUUCCAAGAAAGGGGGAGCCGGUUCUUAUUUUAUCCUGUAUGCUGAAAUGGAAAGUCUGAUAUAUUAA